UCAUUAAAUAAAUAAACAAAUUAUAUAUAUAUUCAUUAGAAAUGUAAAAUAAACCACUAGAUUGGAUUUGUAUCGGAUGCAAAAACCUCAAUUAUUCCUUCAGAAAGUAUUGCAAUCGUUGCCAUACAUUUACAAGAGAUGUACCAGGCACCAAAUUUAUUCCUCUUGAAUAACCCAGCAUUAUAGAUUCACUUAAACUUAAAGAACCUGAUCUUACAGGUAGUGGACAUAGUACUACUGACAGUAUAGAAAGUAAUUUAUCAAAUCAAAAUGCAUUUCAUCAAGCACUUUUCUUAGAAAAUUUUUCAUACACAAAAUAAGAAACGGUUAAUAAAAACUUUGAUUUUUUAAAGUCCUGUAGAAUUUGUUCAACAAAAAACUACUUUUAUUAAUCCAAGUGUAAAUAGUGUGGAUUUCAAAUCUCUCAUUGAUUUUCAGAU